AUGGAGGACUUCAUUUCUGGAGUCAAAAAUAAACUGAAAAACAAUAAUGCUGCUGCAGCUGCUGCACAAAUCAAACAAUAUUUAAAAGAACCCAGGAAGAUUCCACUAUAUAUCGCCAUCACAGGAGAAUCUAGUUCUGGUAAAUCCACCUUUAUUAAUGCCUUCAGAGGCAUCGGUGAUGAAGAUGACGGAGCCGCUCCUACUGAUGUUGCAGAAUCCUCAAAGGAUCCUAUACCAUACUUCCAUCCAGACUAUCCCAAUGUUUCCUUAUGGGAUCUUCCUGGAAUUGGCACCCCGAAGUAUCCAGCUGACAAAUACCUGAGGUCUGUUCCAUUUAAGAAGUAUGACUUCUACAUCAUCGUCUCAGCUGAUCAUCUCACAGAAAACGAUGUGAAACUCGCUAAGGAGAUUCAGAGGAUGAUGAAAAAGUUCUACUUUGUUCAUUCAAAGACAGACAAUGACAUAAAUGUUGGGAAAAGAAAGAAAGACUUCACUGCAGAGGGGACUCUGUCAAAAAUCAGAAAAAACUGUGUUGAAGGUCUUCAGAAACAAGGCAUCGAGUGUCCACAGGUCUUCCUGGUGUCCAGCUUUGAGCCUGGCCUGUACGACUUCCCUCUGUUACGUAAGACCCUAGAGAAAGAACUUGAUGUGCAGAGAGAUGCUCUGCUGCUGGACAUGCCCAAAAUCAACCAGGAGAUCAUCAGGAAAAAGAAAGAAGCAUUUCAGUCCAAAAUAAAAUACUACUCUACUCUGUCUGCAGGUGUAGCAGGUGUUCUACUUCCUGGACUUUCUACUGCUGUUGAUAUAAGCAUGAUGGUUAUAGUUGUCAGAGAAUAUGUAGCUGAGUUUGGUCUUGAUAAGCCAUCUCUGGAGAAACUUGCUGCCACCACAG